AGCAGCUGAAGAGGGGCGGGGCCUUCUCCUUCCUUCUUCCUGUGGCUCUUUUCUCCUGCAGACCCCCAAUAAGUCUCACUCCUCUGCCUUGGCUAAGGAGACUAACCCUAAUCCUCGGGAUCCUCUUCCCCCUCCUUUUCUGCAAGAGUGCGGAGGAGGAGAAGAGAGUAUUUUUGUGUCUCCCCCAUCCAGCCCCGGAACCACGGGCAGCGCAGAGGCCUCUGGGAAGCAGGAAGCCGGAAGUCACGAUUGUGCCCAGUCGUCCCCACCUCCUGGGCUUCCAAAGACUUUCCCGCCUUGUUUCUGUAUCCCCCCGCGCACCCCACGGAAUGAACGGGUUAGAGCCGGGAGCCCCAGGCAGCGUGGACCCCCGGGUGGGCCCGAGUCCGAAUUCUUCUUUUUGCCAGUCUCUUUGGGGCAGACCAACUCUCUGUGCCUCCUUGAGGCUAAUUCCUGGAGACCGCAGAUCAGCCCAAAGUCGGGAGCCCCUCCCCCAGGUGUUUCCCUCCUUUCCUUCUACCUCAGACAGGAGAGAGUCUGAGUCUGAGUGACUGCCAACUGCCAGACACCAACUGCCACACCCGGAGAGCGUAACUGUCACAGCAAACCGGCCAGCCUCGAAGCUGACAGUCUCAGCUCUGUCUGAAACUCCAAUUCUUUCUCAAGCCAGCUUCUCUACUUCUCUCUAAACUAAUGUAAGGAGUGCUGUUUUCUGUCAUCAUCCUUAUCAGCUGGAGGAGCUGUUUUUGGACUCCCCCCCUCCCCCAAGUUCAGGCCUCCUCAUUCUGGGAAGGAGACAAGACCAGAUCCUGCUCCCCUCAGGGUGCUCCCAGUUCUUGGUUUGACCUCUGGGAGAGUCAGGCACAGGAUUAACUCAGAUGGCCCAAGGAAAUGGCAAAGAACUCCAGUCUCUGCCCAGAAAACCCCGAAGGAGGGAAAGAAGUUACCAAAGCAAGAACAGGGAGUCUGGAGUCCCAGGGAAUGGCCUUUGAGAGGGACAGACUCCCAGCCCAGGUGGUGGUAACAUUCAAGGAUGUGGCUGUGGACUUCACCCAGGAGGAGUGGCGUCUCUUGACCCCUCCCCAGAAGGUGCUCUACAGGGAGGUGAUGCUGGAGAAUGCCCAGAACCUGCUCUCUGUGGGGCUUGCACUUCCCAGAGCAGAUGUGAUCUCUUAUUUGGAGCAAAAGGAAGCCCCAUGGAUGCUGGAGGAAGAAGGCCUGAAGAGCUCCUGUACAGAAGAAGAGAUCAGACCUGAAAUGAAAGUGACUCCAAAAGAAGUGAGCCUUUCUUUGGAAUAUAGUGACCAACAGAAAUUCAUGAGUGAUGGUCUGGAUGAAUUACCUUGGAGAGAAUUAUGUGUCAAAUUUCAAAAUUCGUCCUUUAUUGAACAUCAAAGUAUGCACAUUGAGAAAAAAAUCUAAUGAAUGUCUUCAGUGUGGAAAGACUUUUAUGCAUGGGGCCAGUCUUGCUGGACAGUGUAGAAUCCACAGUGGGGAGAAACCUUAUGAAUGCAAGCAGUGUGGAAAGAAAUUCAGUCACAGAUCCAACCUUGAUACACAUCAGAGAAUCCACAGUGGGGAGAAACCUUAUAAAUGCAAACAGUGUGGAAAGACAUUCAGACUUAGCUUUUCUUUUGUUAUACAUCAAAGAAUCCACCAUGGGGGGAAAUUUUAUGAAUGCAAACAAUGUGGAAAGACAUUCAGUUGUAGCUCUUAUCUUGCUAUACAUCAGAGAAUCCACCGUGGGGAGAAACCUUAUGAAUGCAAGCAGUGUGGAAAGGCAUUCAGGCAAAGAGCCCACCUUGAUACACAUCAGAGAAUGCACAGUGGUGAGAAACCUUAUGAAUGCAAACAAUGUGGAAAGACAUUCAGUCAGAGAGCCCACCUUGAUACACAUCAGAGAAUCCACAGUGGUGAGAAACCUUAUGAAUGCAAGCAAUGUGGAAAGACAUUCAGUUGUAGCUCUUAUUGGGCUGUACAUCAGAGAAUCCAUAGUGGAGAGAAACCUUAUGAAUGCAAGCAAUGUGGAAAGGCAUUCAGUCGUAGAUCUUAUCUGGCUGUACAUCAGAGAUUUCACAGUGGGGAGAAACCUUAUAAAUGCAAGCAAUGUGGAAAGACAUUCAGUCAGAGAUCCGACCUUGAUAGACAUGAAAGAAUCCACAGUGGGUUGAAACCUUAUGAAUGCAAGCAAUGUGGAAAGACAUUUAGUCAGAGAUCCCACCUUGAUAGACAUAAGAGAAUCCACAAGGGGUAGAAACCAUAUGAAUGGAAACAAUGCGAAAAGAUACUCAAUUGUAGCUUUUAUCUGGCUGUGCAUCAGAGAAUCCACAGUGGGGAAACAUCAGUUGAGUGCAACCAGUGUGGAGAGACAUUCAGUCACAGAUCCAACCUUGAUACAGAUCAGAAAAUCCACAGUGGGGAGAAAACUUAUGAAUACAAUCACUGUGGAAAGACAUUUAGUUAUAAUUUUGAUCUUAAAAAAAACAAAACAAACCAGAAUCUCCACAGUGUGGAGAAACCUUAAGAAUGCAAGUGGUUUUGGGACAUUCAUUUGGUGCUUUUAUCUUUUCCAACAUUAGAGAAUACACUAUCCUGAGGAAUUCUAUGAAUGCACAUGUUAAAGAGAUGUCCUUAAUCUCUCCUGUGUCAAGUGGCUAUAAAGGAAACUUUCUAAGAAAAAUCUGAACUGAGAGUCAAUGAGCCAGAGCUGAAGAUUCUAUUAUAAAGGAGAUCAGGACUGAGGAGAUGAAGUAGACUGCCAUCUGAAAGGAAGUGAGGGGGGUCAGUUGAUCAAUGAAGAGAAGAAGGAAGUAUCUAUGGACAGUUGAGGGUAUUUUGCCACUGGGAUAUCUUGAGAACAAGAGGUCUGUCUCUUGAGGCAAAGGGCUACUGGCAGUUGGGCUUCUAUAGAAAAUUGAAUGAGUAUUCACUGUUGCUUUAAGGAGUUAGGGAGUUGGUGAACAAUUUGUAGACUAAAAUAGAUUAGUCCUGGUGUGUCAGGCAGAACCUAUACUGAGAGUUUAGUUUUUAGAGAAUUUUAAGAAAUAUUAAGAAUUUCAGUUAUAUUUAUUUGGUGUAGGUAUGGUAUAGGACUAUGAUAUAUGAGUAGCAAUCUCUCUUCUAUCUACCUGUAUUUCUUUUUUAAAUUAAAGAAAGUUUCUGUUAAA